GGUUCGUCAUUACAUUCCUCUGUCUCUCACUCUUUCAAACAUCUAACAAAGACAAAGCAAAGAAAGCAAAGAGAAGAAACGACCGCCAUCGCCACCGCCUACUCAGAGAGAGAGUGAUGCAGAAGCGCAGGUUAAGGAAUGUUCUCCUAAGGAACAGGCCGUCGCUCCUGCGCGUGCUGCUAACGUGCGCCGUAAGCACAAUAGCCCUUACGACCCUGCUCGUCGGACAAGUCAUCCCUUCCCCUAAGGUCCAGCUUCCGAAGCAUCAUGAGAUCGGAUAUCAGAGAUGGAGCGGUGAGCUGAGCUGGACGCAGGAAUUCUCUCCGCCUCAAUUGUCCAAAGUGCCCCUGUCAUCAAAGAAGUUUGGCGGUACGAAUGGGCCAUUGGAAUUCGAGCAGCUAUGGAAGCCUCCGCCAAGUCGUGGUUUUGUGCCUUGUGUGGAGCCCAGCGAGUCGUAUUCAUCUCCUGCAGAAUCAAGAGGUUAUCUACUUGUUCAUACCAAUGGUGGGCUUAACCAGAUGCGGGCCGGGAUAUGUGACAUGGUAGCAGUGGCCAGAAUCAUAAAUGCUACUCUUGUUAUUCCAGAACUUGACAAACGGUCGUUUUGGCAGGAUUCUAGCACCUUCUCGGAUGUCUUCGACGAAGAACACUUUAUAAGUGUUUUGGCCAAUGAUGUUAAAGUUAUAAAGAAACUUCCAAAAGAACUAGCAAGGAGUACUAAAGCAGUAAAGCAUUUUAGAAGCUGGUCUGGAGUAGAAUACUACCAAGACGAAAUAUAUAGUUUGUGGGAUGAUUAUCAGAUUAUUCGAGCAGCCAAAUCUGAUUCUCGCCUUGCAAAUAAUAAUCUGCCUCCGGAUAUUCAGAAGCUACGUUGUCGUGCUCUUUAUGAAGCCCUUCGAUUUGCCCCUCGCAUUGAGGCAUUAGGAAAGUUAUUGGUGGAGAGAAUGAGGUCCUAUGGUCCUUACAUUGCAUUACAUUUACGUUAUGAGAAGGACAUGCUUGCUUUUAGUGGAUGCACAUAUGGUUUGUCCCCAGAUGAAGCAGAUGAGCUAACCAGAAUCAGAGAGAACACUGCAUAUUGGAAGGUGAAGGACAUUGAUGCAUGGGAGCAAAGGUCCAAAGGAUAUUGUCCUUUAACUCCUAACGAGGUUGGAAUGUUCCUUGCUGCUCUUGGAUACCAAUCAAACACUCCAAUAUAUGUUGCUGCUGGGGAGAUCUAUGGGGGUGAUUCUCGUAUGGCCAAUCUUAAAUCCCGCUUUCCUACAUUAAUGAGCAAGGAAAAAUUAGCAUCGGCCGACGAGCUUGAACCUUUUAUGAAUCAUGCAUCUCAAAUGGCUGCACUAGACUACAUUGUGUCGGUUGAGAGUGAUGUUUUUGUCCCUUCCUACUCCGGGAACAUGGCGAGGGCAGUCGAGGGUCACCGUCGUUUUCUGGGGCAUCGGAAAACUAUUACUCCUGACAGGAGAGCACUAGUCCAUCUUUUUGAUAAAAUCGACCGGGGUUCACUCAAAGUAGGCAAGAAGCUUUCCAACAUGGUAGUAGAAAUCCAUAAAAAACGCCAAGGUUCCCCACGGAAGAGGAAAGGCCCGGUUUCUGGAACAAGGGGCAAGGAGAGGUUCCGAUCGGAGGAAGCAUUUUACGAAAAUCCUUUACCAGAUUGCUUGUGCCAGGAGGAAACCCUCGAUAGAAAUAGUUCUUUGGCCAGUGCAUAGAUACAAUACACGAUUCUUUGGGAAGUGAUUUGGGUCAUCUCCAACUGCUGGGUUAGUGCAUAUAUUAGAUCAACAAUUAUUUGUUGAAGCUCUUGGAGCGAGCUAUGCCCAUUGUAGUUGAGUGGCGGAAAUGUGCAUAUCACAGAGUUCAUGCAACAGGGAAAAGUAAAUUUUUUAAGUGUAGAUGAUCGAUGGCCACAAUCAUAAUGAUGGUGGGUCAGGAUAAGGUGGGGCACAGGGCACCAUACAGAGGCUGAUGAAAUAAGGUCAUUUAUUUGAUGUAUUGAAUAGGCAAUACAGGUGGGGUCACUAAUGGUAUUGGGGACCAAUACAGCUGCUGCUUGGAAAUAACAUGCUCUUUUAUUUAUUUCAUUUUGUGUUCCUUCCCAUGUAUUUAUUUCAUUUGGUGGGUGGGUUUGUGGCAAUGGAGAUGGAUACAAGGGAAUGUUGCUGCUUUGUAUGUAUUUACUUCUUUUAUUUUCCUUUAUUUAUCAGUGAGAAGAUGAAAUUUUCAUGUCAUUUGUGUGUAGUGGCUCAAAACAUUUGUCAACCAUAUAUCACAGUGAUUGGGCAAUCCUAAUCAUGUGAAAACAAAAAUCACUUGUGGUAUAUCAGUUAUUUUUCUUUUAUUUAAAUGGCUAGGAUUGUCUGAUCGAUGUGGUUUCUGUA